AAAUGGGAGGAGCGCAGACACCCCGUGUGUCAGAGGGCCGCAUCGCUCUGCAGAUGAAGCAUGGCAGGCGACAGCGAGACAAAGCCAGGUGACAAAGCCGAAAAUGAGAGCAAUAGCCGGCAGCCUUUCCUCAUCGGUGUGGCCGGAGGGACAGCCAGCGGCAAGUCAUCAGUGUGCAGCAAGAUUAUGGAGCUGCUAGGGCAGAAUGAGAUUGACCACCACCAGAGACAAGUGGCCAUCCUCAGCCAGGACAGCUUCUACAGGGUGCUCACCCCAGAGCAGAAAGCCAAAGCACUAAAGGGCCAGUUCAACUUUGAUCACCCAGAUGCAUUCGACAACGACCUCAUAAUCACAACUCUGUGGGACAUCAAGGAGGGAAAAACAGUACACAUCCCUGUUUAUGACUUUGUUUCCCAUUCCAGGAAAGAAGAGACGGUGAUAGUCUAUCCUGCUGAUGUGGUGCUGUUUGAGGGCAUCCUGAUGUUCUACUCUCAGGAGAUUCGAGACCUUUUCCAGAUGAAGCUGUUUGUGGACACUGAUGCAGACACACGGCUGUCUCGCAGGGUGCUGCGCGACAUAAGUGAACGUGGUCGGGAUUUGGAAAGCGUCCUAACACAGUACAUCACCUUUGUCAAGCCUGCGUUUGAGGAGUUCUGUCUGCCAACAAAGAAGUACGCUGAUGUUAUUAUACCAAGAGGAGCUGAUAACAUUGUCGCUAUAAAUCUCAUAGUUCAACACAUCCAGGAUAUUCUAAAUGGUGGUUUGACCAAACGGCUGAACGGGUGGCUUAAUGGUUAUGGAACAACGAAGAAUCAACCAAACAUGGAGUCUAGCAGUCGGCCACACUGAACGCAAUGCUGUCCCAAGGAGAGAAGGGAAGGUUCACCUGCACGUACUGAAUGUGCUCUACAGUGUGGCUAACAGGGCAGGAGUUACUGCCAGGAAAUCAAAAGGGCCUGCUUUUGAUAUGACUCUGCUUGGAUUGAUGGAAUCAGUAAGAAGGGGAUUCUUUGCCAUGUGGAGCUGGUUUAAAGCAGUUGUAUUCAGUUUUAUUUUUCUCUUUUGCUUGUGUACUGUAUGAGAUUGAAGGGGAAGAAGUACAAAGGGGCUCACUUGUAAUUUAAUUUAAAACUGCUGCUUGCCUUUACCACUGCACUGAAACGGAGAAACUAAAGAAGCAGAUAUGGUGUCUCAAAAAGAUUUCCAAACACUUUACAGCCUUUAACCAUACAAUAAAUGCAGUGUAGCAACAUGCUGUUUAAUGGCAGGGCCUUACCAUAUCUCAUUGCAGUUAAUUGUUCACUAUGUGAUCUGACUGAUACCCUUUAUCAAUGCAAAAUGCCAUUUUUUUCAAGCUCUAUAUACAGCAUAUUUUGACUUAUAGAAAUAGAUUCCAAGCUAAUGUGGGUUAAGAAUCCAGAUGUUUGUGUCAUGUGACCCCAAGCUGUAAUUGCUUUGUCAUGUGUAAUCCAAAGUUAGUUAAAUGUCUUAAUUAAACAACCGAUAUCCACCUCAAAUCAUCUGAUGCAUGACAUCAUCUCCAAAGAUCAUUUUCCGUACUGUCUUUGUGGGUUAAUUAUGUAAUUCGUUUUUACCUUAAUGUGAUGUUGACAUUACUGUAACUCAUUUAAUAAGAUGUUGAUGUAACAUGAACAGUUCAUCAUGUUAUGCAAUUACCACAAAGUAUUAUUUCUCAUUGAUUCCCUUAAACUUGAAUCCUCAGAUGCACAUGUAUGCAAGUUUCACUGGAAAGAAGAUACAUUCUGUGUAAGACACCCAAUGUUAGUGUGUUCUGUAAAUGUUGUUUAAUGCAGGUUUCUUCCUGUAUACACAUUUCGUAUGGUAAAGUUCUCAGGUACUUUGUUUGGCACAUCUGUCACAAGCAAGUUCUUGCAUUUGAUUUAAAAGAUAUAUAUUCAUUUCUGGUUGUAAUCUUAUGUUACUCUCAAGCUCUGUUUUAAUCUACAUGUUGAGAGAAAAGUGCCACAUGCUGCUGAGUGCGCUAAUCAGCUUAUUCAGAAAAUUUAAUUUGCAUAUCCCACAUUACAAACACUGGAGUAAUGUGGCAGUCAAGGCCAUAGAGGUCACUAAGGUCAUGUCUUUGUGAAAAUGUCUGCAGUAAAAAAAAAAAAAAAGAAUAUUUCAUUAUUUUGCCUGUUUCAGUUAUAUCCUUACCCAGAUUUAGAUUUUGUUUUGGAAGAUUUAGUGUUUCUCUGCUCUAAUUUUAUUCCUGGCAGUGUGGAGAAAACACUGAAAUCUUUAUGUUAAGGACAAAAAGAUACAGGAAAUAUAAUUUACCUGUUUACCAAAAAAUUAAAGCUGAAAAUCCCAAUGUCAAGAAAAAUUUUGAGAUCAUCUUUUUAGUGUCUUGUCAUUUUCUGAUGGGGGAUAAAUGGGUCCCAGUGGGAGAAUUUAGGUUCAUGACCUCAGUCCCAGCUAUGGCCCUGAGCUGUGUGUAUUGUCACAGGUCGACAGCUGUUUCUCAGAUCCACACUGCAUCCUAAUUCAGUUUGUAGUGUGUUCACACUGGAAGAGUGAGAAAAUAAAAUAUAAUUAAAAGUCACUAUGCAGACUAACA